GGGGGGCGCCGGGGCCGCCCGGGGCGGCGCUCGGGGCCGCUGUACAAAUAGGGCGGCUGCGGGUGGCCCGGGCAGACAUGCGGGUCCCGCUCCGCUCCGUGCCCGCGCUGGCGCUCUGCGCCCUCGCCCUGCUCCGCCUGGGCUGCGCUCCGACCCGGGCACUCACCUGGGCACCGACCGGAGCGUCCCCCCGGGAGCUCACCUGGGCACCGGCCCGCGCCCCGCAGCGCUGUCCCCCGCUGAUGCUGCAGCUGCUCCGCGCCCCUCCCGCCCCGCUCCGCGCCGCCGCCGCCGCCGCUCUCAGCCUCUCCCCACACGGCUCCCUGCAGAACGGCUCCCGCUGGGCGCUCUCCUUCGACAUGUCCUCGCUGUCCAGCAGCCAGGAGGUGAGUCUGGCUCAGCUCCGUGUCCGCCUGCCCGGCCUCUCCCGAGCCCGCAACGUCUCCCUGGACAUCUACCACAGCCAGCGGCGCAGGUGCCGGGCACACGGAGCCUGCGCCCACCAGCUCUUCCUGGGCACCGUGGCUGGCAUUCCCUCUGCCACCCAGGCUUCCUGGAAAGUCUUCGAGGUCACCAACCUGCUGCGGGCCUGGCUGCACCAAGCUGCUCUCGCUGGGCACCAGAGCCCCGCGGGAAGGGGGCAGUGGGAGGUGAGCGCUGCCACCGCCGCGCCGGGAGACAGCGGCCACGGGGACCCAGCCCUGCCCCAGGACGUGGCGGACAGCGUCCUGCUGCUCGUCUUCUCCAAGGACAAGUCUCCAGGAGAGCACAGCCUGAUCAGGACGGCGGAGACCUCCAAGUACAUCAUGCGCGACAGCGGCUCGCCGGGCGCGGGGGCGCGGCGGCAGCGCAGGAACAGGAGGGAGAGGCAGAGGAUCAAAGCCGCGGCCUCCCCGCGGGAGCAGGGCCGGUCUCUGUGCCGCAGGGUGGACAUGGUGGUGGAUUUCGAGCAGACGGGCUGGGGCAGCUGGAUCGUCUACCCCAAGAAGUACAACGCCUACCGCUGCGAGGGGCUGUGCCCCUCGCCCGUGGAUGAGACCUUCAAGCCCACCAACCACGCCUACAUCCAGAGUUUGCUGCAGCUCUACAAGCCCAACCAGGUGCCGUGUCCUGCCUGCUCCCCAGUUAAGAUGAGCCCCCUCUCCAUGCUCUACUACGAGAAGGGCGAGGUCGUCGUUCGCCACCACGAGGACAUGAUCAUCGAGGAGUGUGGCUGCAACUGA